AUGGACAACAACGUCAUCGAAGUAACAUUUUUCCUGGUCGAAGCAGCAUUAAUUUGGCUUGUAAUAAUCGGUAAUGGCACAACUAUUAUUGUCCAGAGUCUAAACCGUAGUCUAUUUGACGAAGUUUCGAGUCACUUGAUAGUCAACCUCACCAUUGCGGACCUGUUCAUUGGUUUAGCAUACCUCCACAUGGUUGUCAUUUUUCUGACGAAUCCUGCAAACAAAUAUGCAUGCUUAGUAUGCGUUUCCUGUAUGCAUUUCGCCAUAACUGCAAGUUUUUACGCCACAUUAGCGAUAGCAAUCAAUCGUUACGUAGCCAUCGUUUAUCCACUCAAGUAUACUAAAUACGUGGCCAGGCGGAUGGUUAACGCAAUGAUAGUAGCCAGUUGGUGUGCAGCUGUGCUCAUAUCCUCGGUACUUUUGUACUGGAACAAUUACGACCCCGAAAAGGGCAAUUGCAAAGAUGCGGUACCCAAACUCUACUAUGAAGUGAUUUGGACACCGAAUUUCAUGGUCACGUGGUUCAGCAUUUUUGUACUUUACUUGGAAAUUGCGAAAGCGACGAGGGCACACAUGGAAAGGUCGAAGGCGAGGUCGAGAGGAACGACGGAGGGUAACAAUACGAGCGACAAAAGCAGCAAUUUAGUAUUCCUGUUCCUGGGCUGUUUCACGAUUUGCUGGUUACCACACGUGGUCACGAGGCUAUUGAAAUUAUCGUUACACCUUGACGAUCGGUCCACCACCAUGAUCAUCGUCAAUCAAACAUCGGUACUAAUGGCCAUGUCCAACGGCGUUAUCAACCCGCUUAUCUAUGCUUGGAAGACCCCAGCUUAUCGCGAAGCCUAUCAGCGCGUAUUCAAACCCAAAGCACUGAAUGAUAACAAUCACAAUAAUAAUUUGGAAGUGCGUACAAAUCCAGACGUCAGUACGACGAGGAUUAGUAGAAUGUGGCUACGUUUUUCCACCGACGAUAUCAACGUUUAG